AUGCCUAAUCUUGAGCAGUACGUCAACUUCAACCCGGAGAAGGAGAUUCCGGAGCUCGAUGGAAAGGUUAUUUUCAUCACCGGAGGAACCUCUGGACUGGGUAGAGCUUCGGUGAUAGCCCUAGCCAAGCACAAUCCGGCGCACAUCUACUUCACAGGCCGCAACAACAAAGCGGCACAGGAAUUGAUCGAUGAAGUCCAGACGGGAAAGCCUUCAGUCAAGUUGACUUUUGUCAAGAUGGACAUGACUUCUCUGGUCUCCGUCAAGGAAGCGUGCAAAGAAUUUGUGCAUGAUAGACUCGAUGUUCUUAUGUGCAACGCAGGUGUCAUGUUCAUACCCGCAGGUGUCAGCAAGGACGGUUUCGAGCUUCACUUUGCCAUUAAUCAUCUCGCUCAUGCCAUGAUCAUUCAAGAAUUGAUGCCAGUCUUGAAAAAUACUGCUAGUCAGCCAAACUCGGAUGUACGCGUGUUGUGUUUGACGUCGACAGCUUGGAAAGGUCACUCCAGCGAUGGUAUUACCUUCUCGACAAUCCGAACCCCACAGAAAGGUUUCAUGGGAUCAUCUUUCAGAUAUGCACAGAGCAAGCUCGCCAAUAUCAUGUACGCGGCCGAACUCGCCCGCCAAUACCCCAAUACAAACAUAAAAUUCAUUUCUGUUCACCCUGGAGCUGUCAACACACAUCUGACGACUUCAAUCCCUUGGCACCUCAGGCUAAUUACUAGCAUCGUACUAUUGUUCAUGGGUGUGACCUUCAUAGAGGAAGAUCAAGGACGCCUGAGCCAACUUUGGGCCGCUGCUGGCGCCAAGGAAAAUGAAUUGGUGAAUGGAGGAUUUUACAUGCCGGUGGGAAGGUUUUGUAAUGACAGGCUGGACAAAACAGCAAAUAGUACUGAGUUGUCUCAAAGGCUAUGGACUUUUACUGCGGACGUCUUGAGCAAGUUCUAA